AUGAAUCCACGCGUAGAAGUCGGCUUCCUGGUUAGAUAUAUGGCCUCAAAUGUGUGGAAGAUCUGGUUUCCACAGUCCGGCAAAGUGCGGUUUAUUCGCGAUGCGGUAUUCGAUGAAUCCCGAAAGUAUUCACCCGAGUUCGCGCAUUAUCAGCCUAUCCCACUGCCACUUAUUAAGGAACCGCAGGAACUGGAUAGAACAGAAGUCCAGAAGGCGAUGCAGACAUCGAUCACUACCGGGAUAAUGCCUGAGGAAACUGGUCAGGGGGUGGAGGAGACGGAAGACCAUAAUUGUCUUUUCAGCCAAAAAACCGUCUCUUCCCUAGCGCAAAGAGUAUUCCCAACACCUGAGCCGGCACCGAAUCAACACAAUAACGAAACAUACCAGGAGGUGCCUGGCGCUUUCCCUGAUGAAAUUCUCCCCCCAUUACCACCGACACCACCGGACGAAGAGGCUCCGGACCCUGGUCAGGGGGUGGAAACCGACCCAGAACCAGUCGUGCGAGACCAGGCCCCAGAAGCCAUCGAGUGCAUCGAACAAACCGACACAGAUCAUCACCAGAGAGAGGAAGGUUUCCUCGCAGCAAUAAGGAAAGAACUCGACUCUCUGGCACAGAAAGAGACGUACGAUGUGGUGGAAAGACCAAAAGACAGAGGCAAGCAAAUCCUUCCCCUGCUUUGGGUAUUCGCCUAUAAAUUUGAUCAGGACGGUUACCUCUUGAAGCUAAAAGCACGUAUCUGUGUACGUGGCGACCUAGAAACGAUCUCAUCCGAAGAGAAGCGAGCUGCAACGCUUGCAGCACGUACGGCACGUAUGAUCUUUGCCUUGGUCGUAGCAUUUGACCUUGAUCUACGACAGCGGGACGCGGUGACGGCAUUCCUGAACAGCAAACUAAACAAGGAGACAUACACGAGGAUGCCAGAAGGUUUUGAAUCCCCAGGGAAGUGCUGGAAGCUCCACCGAGCUUUGUACGGGUUGCGUAUAUCGCCGCGCCUGUGGCAGCAGGAAGCAGCGGGCGUCCUGCAGAAGCUCGGGUUGCGACAAGUCCCUGAGGAUCCAUGUGUCUUCGUAGGCGAAGGAAUCCUUGUAUUCUUCUAUGUCGAUGAUAUAUUAAUUGCUAGUCACCGGUCAGCAAGAGAACGAGCGCAGAAGCUCGAACGGGAUCUCGAAGACCACUGGGAGCUCACUGAUCAUGGCGAUGCAGGCUGGUUUCUGAAUAUUCGGAUCAUCAGAGACCGGAAGCAAAGGAAGCUCUGGCUAUGCCAGGAUAGCUACAUUACCAGUGUAGCUAUGCGGUAUAACCUCACUAAACGUGCACCAGUGUUCACCCCGCUUCCAGUUGAGGAGCUGAAGCCAUACGAGGGCAUUGCAACACCUAGAGAGAUCCAUCUUUAUCAACAGAAGGUUGGAUCUGGUGGAUAUGCAACCACGAUCACUCGUCCGGACGCUGCAAAGGCAAUGGCAAAGUUGGCGCAGUUCCUUACCAACCCCGGCCCUCAACAUCAUCAUGCUGCAGACAGAGCGCUAUCAUACCUCUACACCACGCGAUACCUCGCCAUCGAGUAUUGCCAGAAUAGCGGACUUGAAUCUGUGCGGCUUGCAAGUGAUGCAUCGUACGGUGACCAUGAAGACCGGAAGAGUUCAGCAGGAUACAUAUAUCAGGUGUACGGUGGCCCCGUGGAUUGGAAGGCUACCAAGCAACGUACAGUGACUACUUCCACCACUGAAGCUGAACUAUUGGGUUUGUCUGAUGCAGGCAAGCACCUCCAAUGGUGGAGGAGACUACUUGGGCAUGUGGGCUUCAUACCCUCCCAUAUCAUCACCAUUCAGUGCGACAAUGAGCGAGCAAUUGGUCUGCUCCAAGGAGACGACGUGGUGUUUGACACCAAGCUCCGACAUGUGGAUAUACACCACCACUGGCUACGCCAAGAGGUCAGGGCAGGUCGAAUCGCCAUUAGAUGGACACCUACCGCAAGUAUGGUGGCCGAUGGACUCACCAAGGUGCUCCCGCGACAAAAACAUGACAAUUUCGUCAGGUUGCUGAAUAUGGUGGAUAUAAGUCACCUGAUUGACUAG